AUGGCAUCAACUACUACACACAAAGGAUCAACAUUGUCCACACAUGUUCUGGACACAAACACUGGUAAUCCAGCUGUUGGUCUAAAGGUGACCUUGGAGAGACUGACAAAUGAAGGUCAACAACAACAAGUGUUGGUAGAGCAGACGACCAAUGCAGAUGGCAGAGCAAGAGAGUUCCCAGAGCUAGAGAAUGGAGUGUACAGGAUGACUUUCCACACUGGUGACUACUUUAAGCAGCACAACAUCACAGCAUACUUCUACCCUAGAGCAACAGUAGAGUUUAUUGUUGAUUCUCAAAGACACUAUCAUGUACCUCUCUUGCUAAGUCCAUAUGGAUAUUCAACCUAUCGUGGAAGU